UGAUAGAAAGAAAUGAAAUCAAUUAAAAUCAAAUUCAAAAGGAAUUAUCGCUGUGUUUCUCACCUAUGGAAAUAAAAUUGAUUUAAUAAAGAGGAAAGACUGCAAAUUCAAGCCAGGUACGGCGGCAAGCUCCACUGCAGCCAUUUUCUGCUGAAUUGUUAAAUGUAUACACAUAUGGAUUUCGUGAGAAGAAAAGUUAUGAAAAGUGUUCUCAGUUAACAGAUAACAACUCAGCCCUAGUGUGAUCAUAAUUUAUGCAUUACCAAAUUAAAUACAAAAUGUAACUCUAAAAGAUCAGCAGUGCCAUACAAAGACUGGAUGAACAUUUUAUACAGAACAUUCAAUACAGUUCAAUGUGACAAGAAAUUUUACGAGCUGGACACAUCAAUAAUCUAUCAUUAAAAGGCUUUCCGCUCCAGAGGUCUGACAGCCGAUGUUAGAGACGCUGAUUGAUGUUAGUCCCGUAAUAUCCAGAAACAUAUCCAGGAGCAUGGUGACAAUCACAGGCGUCACUGGGUCGUGAUCUAACGGCACCAUAGGCUGGUGAUGUGGAACUGUUUCAGAUUUUAAUGUUAGAUAAGGAAGCGAAGAGGAAAUUAAUUAUAUUGACUGGAACAAAACGAUAAUAAAAUAGACCUUUCACUAUCCACAUGUGAUAAAUAAUAAAGCUGCAAGUCUAUAGACAAUUUAAGUUACAAACAAUAUUCAAGAGCAAUUUCAGUCUAAAAUCAAAUAUGUACAAGAACUGAAUACCAUACAAAUAUAAAAGAGGCACAGAUUGCAAAAGCUGAUAGAAACAUUUAACAGCAGUUUAUAUUUCAAAUAUGUUGCAAUGACAGAUAGUUAUAUCACAGACUAAUCACUGAAACAUUUACAUGACAAUUACCAUUCUGAAUAUAUACAUCUUAAACCAAACCUCAUAGUCAAAAAGGGGCAGUAGUACAUAGCUUAAAACCAACAAGGCUAAGCAGAUAAACAAGCACAAAUUCAACUUCAUGAUCCAAGAGUUGCUUAAACCAUCAAGACUUAUGAAGGAAAGUGCUGAAAGUGAAGCGAUGAUGGACGUGCAGAGUGAGUGUGAGGUGAUUCCACGUGAUUUCCUCUGUUGUAAACUCUGCGAGGAGGAGUUCCGGCAGCCCAAGUACCUCACCUGCUUCCACUCUUUCUGUCAGGCGUGUAUCCAGGGUUACGCCACCCAGCGUGGAGGAGCUAACGAUGGGAACGAAUCUUACUGGUGCCCUGUCUGCGGUACAGAGACGGCCGUUGAUGAUCACAGCAUCAAUGCAUUGCCAGAUAACAUUCUCGCUCAACGGCUUGGAAGCCCCUCAACAAACACCCAACAGAAGGACACGAUCUGUACUAUUUGUAAAAAUGGCGGGAAUUUCAUAGACGCUAAGAAUUAUUGUUUAAACUGUGAGGAGUUUCUGUGUAAUGAGUGUACUGAUGUGCACCUUGAGCAGGCUGACACAAUGGACCAUAACCUUGAAACAAUGGAGGAGUUUGGUAUACGAUCUGAGUACGAGGAAUCAGCAAAAUCUGGGCAUGUAAUUCCACGCUGUUGCUCGUAUUACGACCCUCUUGAUAUUGGAGCUUUAUUUUGUGUGGACUGUGAUAUAGCAGUGUGCGGUGACUGCCAUCUCUCGUACCAUGAGGAUCAUAGGUGCGCAGAAAUGGUGGCAGUGGCUGAGAACUUUCAAAACAAGAUCAAACAACCACUUGAAGAACUCCAGAAUGAUGCUACACAACUACAAGAGGCCAUGAUAGAUUUGCAAAAAGCUGAGACGAAAACCAUUGAGCAGCAGAAGGAACUACACAAGAGCGUAAAGAACAGAACCAAGUAUCUGUACGAACUGAUAAUGCAGUACGAGAAUGUACUACUGGAGGAAAUCGACCGCAGACAUACGCAAAACCUUGACGACAUUCAUGAACGCAGGAAAGAGCUUCAGAUGCAUUUGGCAGCCAUUGAUGGUGUCAAUGACUUUACCGAGAAACUAAUGACGUACGGAUCAUGUGAGGAGAAAGUGUUAAUGAGAAAGAAAGUUGGAAAGCGUGUAAGAGAACUAUGUGAGGAACCUCUUCUUACAGAUCAGUUGAGUCCUCCAAAUGUCACCCUGACAGAGCCCAAUGUAGCAAUCCCUACAGUUUGUAACAUGUUCGGUGAACUGAAGGACCCUGAUAUUACCAAGAUUGACAAUGACAUUGUUGAUGUAGUCACUGAUCAGGUCAAUGUCGAUUCUGGACAUGAGAGCGAACCACAUGAAAACAAUGAAGUGGAAACUAACGGUCAUGUUCUUCUGAAGAGAAGUAGUACAAUUGAGAGCGAGUCAAGCAUUCUUGGAUCAACCACUGAGAGCGACGUAAAAAUGCUCACAAUGAGUAACAACAGUGAAACAUUCCGGGGAGUAAAGUUCAGUGAUGAAGUUGAAGAGACUGAAUACAUAGCUGACAAUGUCUUCACUUUGGAAAAUCCCAGAAGGGAAAUAAAUCUUCCACUGACAAUUCAAAAAGAGUGCCUAAAAGGAAUCGGUGUGAAUGAAUUUGGGGACAUUAUUAUUGGGGCCGCUGCGAGUAAUUAUCAGAUGGUGUAUCUGUUGGAAAAGCGUGGAAUUAUUCGAGGGCAGAUUCCCGUGCAGGCAGGCUGGAACAUUCACACCGUUGCCUGUGAUGGAAAAGUUGCACUCACCAUUGCAAGGGGAGAUAACCGAUACAAAGUGAGAAUCAUGAAAAAUGAUGGUUCUGGAAAAAUGCUUUGCAGCAUGCAGAUUGAAAACUAUGGACUCAAUUUUGUAACUGCAGACAACACCGGGAACUUGAUCGUGGCCUCGAACCGCUACUCUCAUGUGACAAACUCGGGCAAAAUAACUUCAAAAGCUGGUGGCAACAUCAGCAUCUAUGACCAACGUGGGAUGUUGAAACGCCGAAUCACAAAUGAGGAUUACCAAGAUCUUGGCAUGUACAUCCUAGAAAAGCCCCACUGUAUUGUUGUGGACAAAGUGGGCAACUUCUUUGUAGCCGAUCCAGGUAACCACAAUGUUACAGGGUUUGACAGUUCUGGAGAACUGCUGUUUGAAUAUGGAAACAAUGACCAUGAACCAGAAAUCUACGAUGGUCCUGAUUUAGUGUGCACGGACACCAAGGGGAAUGUUAUAGUUGCUGAUAAGCGCAUGGGAAAAAUUGAUGUGAUUUCUAUGAAAGGGGACCUGAAGAAAUCCCUCUUCACCGAGGAUAUAAUAAAAUACAUAACCAUCACCGCUGAUAAACUACUUAUGGUUUCAACCGCUGAAGGUAGCAUCAAGUUUUACGAAUACUUGAAGCUUUAAAGAGUGAUGGCAGAUGAGUAAACUUGUUUUUAACAUUACAUAAAAAUAUACAAUUUUUCAAAAGAAAAUAUAAUGAAAAUGUUUGAAAUAGUCCAAAGAGUAACAGCAAAGACUGCUCUAAAAAUAUUUUUAAAACCACAUGUUAUGAACAAAAAGUACUUGAAAUUGUGAACAAUUUGUGGCAGAGCGGUAAAAAACAAACUGAGAUAUUGACAGAUAUUUUCAUAAAUGUAGUUUAGCUCCAUGAAUAAGUGAAUAAACAAGCGUUCUGUUGAUAAUGUGUCAUAAAAUGAUGAAGUAUGAUCUCCCGUCGGAGGCGUAUUUACUUAACUAAUAUACAUUCAAUAUUCAUAUCGAAAAUUACAGUGUUUCAAGAAGAAAUCCAAUAAAACUUGAAGUAGUGGCAGUAAAACUGAGUUCAUCAUGAUAUUUCAAAACUGUGUCAUAUGGGUAUUAUAAAAGGCAUUUAUUAUUUAUGAUAUUGUUUAAUUCAUCAUGUUGUUUGCUAUAAAAAGCUUGUUGAUGACUUUAUUUUUCUACAGCAUCAUUAGUUUUGUAAUAUACAAUUUAUUGACUUGUAGCAAUUCUUGUUAAGGAUUAGUCAAUUAGUAUUUAGAGGUAAGAAUGGUCUAGUGUUAUGAUAUAAGCCUCUCACCAAGAGGCCGUAGGCUCCAUCCCCAAUGGUGGGAAUUUUCUUAUGGCCCCUCAAAUAGGACAUAGUACUGGUUUCUUCCCAGAAAACAGACUUUAGAGUUGUUCUAUAAGCUAACUUUUCCAUCACACUCAUGCUAGUUAGAAUUUGCUAUAUUAUUUAUUGGUGGGCUUCAUCUUUUUCAACCUCUAAACAUAAUGUAAGGUAGAUGCCAGUCAUUUCAAUCAUCACAAGAGAUCUGUGUGUCAACAUCAUUGUUUUCAUUUUUUAUCUCCUGAGUAAGACCAAAUUAAAAAAAAUCUUUGAUUCCACUAACAUCUCAAAAUGAAAUAGAGUUGGUUACAACGUAGGCAUACUUUUUUUUCUUUUUUUUUGAGAACCCGGAUUAUAAACCAUACUGACCUUUAUCAGGGUAUAUCAUUAUUGUAAAAAAUUAAAAAAAUGGUCAAAUCUUAACAUGUUCACUCAAAAAAUGCACAUUUUUUAGGAAUUUACAGGAAAAAAAUCCACACUUCGGCAAAGAAAGCAAAAGGGUGCGAUAAAAAAUUAGGGUGGUUGGAUUAGUGGAAAAAAGUGCCUAUUGAUUUUUUUUGCAUUAGUCAGCUGCAGCACUGGAAAUUUUACUAAAAUUAUAUUUGCUCUGUUUUUAUCAUCCCAAAAGAGAACUAUUUUGAAGAGAUCUGUGGUAACUUCAUAUUUUUAUCAUUUUUCAUCUCAAGUUUUGUUUCAGUAUGCACUGUAAAUUUUAUCAAAAUUGUUUUAGCUCAGAAUUUCCCUCAUUCUGACCAGUAAGCAUUUACAUAUUUGAUAUUUUGUUCCAUUUAACAAGUUGUUGUUUUUACAAGAAUUAUGGAUUUAGCAAAAAGAUGACUAGAGAAAACACUAUCUUUUUUGUUCCCCUUAAUAAUACAACUAUUUCAAUAAUAGAAAUAAUUGAGAAUGAUUUUACAAACUCAGCUUAACCAGCCAUAUCAUACUAGAACUACUUGUAGUCAAUAUUUUGCUAGAUUGUACAUGAAAUUAAUUCCCAUAAUAAUUACUUUUCUUAUAGAAACUAAAAAAAUGAGCUGUAUUACUAUUAAACGGUGUUUGCUUCAUACAUUUAGCUGUUCAUGUUUUAACAGUACUAUUAUAACAUUUUUCAUAAACCCUUGUUAGUUUUUAUCUUAAUAAAAGUUGAAAUUGA